GAGCCGCUCUGUCGGCCAUGCUGUCGGCAAAACACGGGGUUCAAAGGAUUGCGCUACUCUGCUCCGUAGGAGCUAUAUAGUGCUCUAGGUAGCGCAAGCCACCGCCCAAUACGAGGAAAACUGCCGUCCGUUAUGCAUCUCGCAAAGUUGUACCUGUCGCACUAUGGCCGCUAUGGCAACAUAACGCGAUAUCGCCGCGUGAUGUACCGACGCUCGGUGGCUCGUUUCGCUUUAUAAUCAUUUGUGCUACCGCUUGUCGUCAAGUUAAUCAGUGCGGCUGUCUCGCAGGAUGGGUUCUCUAGGUCGACUCCUGACUUGCAGUCGAAUCAGCACUUUUUUGCGGGCGCAGUGUGUUUCCCGCAAACUUGCAUCCGUCAGAUUCGCAUCCACCGCUCUCGAUGCCACGAUCGGACUCUCGGAAGAUCAGAUUCAGAUGCAGCAGAUGGCUACCGACUUUGCCGUAAAAGAAAUGCUGCCCAACAUGUGCGAAUGGGAUGAAAAGGAGUACUUUCCGGUGGAGGCUAUGCGCAAAGCAGCGGAGCUCGGAUUCGGAGGCGUCUACAUUUCGGAGGACUACGGAGGUGCUGGCUUGGGUCGCUUGGAUGCUUCAGUCAUUUUUGAAGCCCUCUCUCGUGGAUGUGUCAGCACGACUGCCUACAUCAGUAUCCACAAUAUGGCCUGUUACUUGAUCGACGCCUUUGGAAAUCACGAGCAAAAGCUUAAGUGGCUUCCACAGCUGUGUACGAUGGAAAAGUUUGCGUCCUACUGCCUCACCGAACCGGGCAGUGGCAGCGAUGCUGCGUCGCUGAGCACGACGGCCAAGCGGGACGGUGACGACUACAUCUUGAACGGCAGCAAGGCUUUCAUCAGCGGCUCAGGGGCCAGCGACAUCUACGUCAUAAUGGUCCGGACGGGCGGUCCGGGCCCCAAGGGAAUCUCGGCAGUGGUCGUGGAGAAAGGAACGCGCGGACUCAGCUUCGGCAAAAAGGAGAAGAAGCUUGGCUGGAACACGCAGCCGACGCGAAUGGUGAUCCUGGAAGACUGCCGAGUUCCUGUGGCCAAUCGUUUGGGUGAAGAGGGCCAGGGAUUCCAGUUUGCCAUGAAGGGGCUGGACGGAGGUCGCGUCAACAUUGCGUCGUGUUCAAUGGGGGCCGCAGCCGCCAGCAUUGACGUUGCCAUCGAGCACAUGAAGGUUCGGAAGCAGUUUGGAAAGCCCCUGGCAGCAUUUCAGCACCACCAGUUCUUGCUGGCCAAGAUGGCCACAGCGUUGCAGACAUCUCGUCUGAUCGUGCGCAAGGCGGCAGAGUCCAUUGACCUCGACUCUCCUUACAAGACUGCUUUGUGUGCCAUGGCAAAGCUGCACGGCACAGAGGCAGGAUUUAAGGUUACGAACCAGGCGCUACAGAUGAUGGGAGGCUAUGGUUUCAUCAAGGAGUAUCCGAUUCAGCAGUAUCUACGGGACUUGAGGGCUCACCUCAUCAUAGAGGGUACAAACGAAAUGAUGCAACUGGUGAUCUCCAGAGACAUUCUUAGGGACUGAGGGAAGGUCGUUUCGGAGCAUUCAUGGUUUCGUCCAGUGCCGUUUUCAGAUAUGGAAAAGGACGGAGAACCACUUAGCUGUUAGAAACUGCUGUUUCAGGAUGUAGAAUCUUUGUGCUGUCUGGUGAUCGCUGUGAGACACUGUGCUCACAAGUCUGGAAAACUUCCUUUCUCUCUCCUUGGCGGCUCUGUCAGAGAGUCGCGACACAAGUGAAAGUCAGAAGUUAAACUUACAAAUAAUGGUUACAACAUUAUUGGUCACAGCAGCGUUAUGGGCAUCAGCAUUACUGUAGGUUUCAAAAAACAAUUUAUGGUCCAAAUUAAACAUUUUACAAAGUUUA